GGAUCGAAAUAAGCUACAGCACAUACUAUACCUAUGCCUACGUGUGUUUUGACAUGGCAUAGUACGGUCUGCCAGAAACGAAGAAACUGCAGUAAAGGCAUCAAAGAACAAGUAAGCAACAAGGGAAGCACAAGGCAUAGCAACGAGCCCAAGUAGAUAAUAUAAGUAAAAAAGCAACCCAGCAUAGUGGAACAGCACAGAGGAACCCGACUUGAGGGUAUUACCGGCAGACCGGAUCGACGUGAAAGCAGAAGGACGCGCUUCCUAAUUGGGACAGCCAUGGACAUCAAUGACCUCCAUCCCCCGGACGACUACAGCCAUCGUUUCUUCAUCUGGCACGAAUGGAUACAGGCUAAUGGACCGCUCACCAGCGAGAAUGUCUUUGAAUAUUUCACCACGUCAAUGUUUUACGACAAGCAGAGCAACAACCAAGUUCUGCGCAUGCAGACGAUGCAUACUGGCGUGGCCGUUAUGAAUGAGGCUGAGGAACUCAAACGGUUCACUGGCGUCGAGUUCGCUGUCGUUCACGCUCAGCCGCCUUCGUUUUUCAUUAUACAUAAGCGUGAAAGGCUUUCACCUGAAGAAGUGAUACCGUUGUCGGCGUAUUUUAUCAUUAACAACCGAAUUUACCAAUCGCCUGACCUAUACACCGUAUUAUCGAACCGAUUGCUGACCUCCUUGACCUCGUUACAAACAUCCCUGGACAUUCUCCGUUCCCACCGUCCGGAUUAUACGCCCCGAACAGGUUUUGUCUGGCCAAUCACGGAUCCCUCACUCGACGAGGCAGCAAAGAAACCUGCUGCGGAUGACCUCACGGGCGCGAAUACACCUAUGCCUGACGACAACACCAAUUCUGCAGAUGGGAACGGAAAACGUCAGCAAAAUACUAUGCUUCUCUUUAAUGCAAUGCGGGCAACGGCUCUUCAUUCCAGCUCGGCGGUCUCCUCGAGUGCCUUUGCUCAAAUGGCUAAUAGCUCCGUGCCUCCGACAGAUAUCCAAGUUCAUACUCAAGCUCAGGUGCAGACGCCAGCUGCUGGUACCCAAGCUUCGACGGCUCCUUCUCAGGCAUCUACACCUGCCCCACCUCCUCAGGAACCCCCUGGAAGAGGACCGCCUGGUGGGGGAAAGAAAAAACGGAAACGAACAUUGUUGCCUGUUCCCGCGGAUAGAAGCUAGGCCGGGCCUGUAUAUGUACAUUCCACCAUGGGCUCCAUAUAUUAUACACAUGCGAUGUUGGUAGCACUUCCAAAAUGAUGUAUAGCCUCACAGUUUGUCUUUAUCGGACCCCCGUUCCUGUCAGCCUACCGAUCCAAUCCAGAGGUGUUUUCCCUCGAGAGCCAAUGGAGCCUACGCCAAGUGAAAGAGGAUUCGCAGACGCAAAUGAAUCCUUCCGUGCUUUUGCCAU